AGUGAACUGAUCAAACCGAAAUACGUAGCCUUGGCACUGUGGAAAGAUAAAACUGACUUUGCAAGCUAGGCUUUCUGUUUACAACAUGUUGGAUUUCUGUUGGUUUCUUAAAUUCGAGAGGAUAUUUGAAAAUGUUGUGGUGUGAAAACAGCUGACAGUGGUUGUACAGGAGUGGUGGAUCAUCUGGGGUCUGCUCUGUGACUGCUGCGAUGGCAGAGGUCACUAGUGGUAAUGUAACGUCCCGACAGGGGCCCUACAUAAGCAUGAUAACAAACCACACAAUUAACCUGCUGAUCCGGGGGACCAUGCUGUUCGGCGUGGGUGUGUUCCUAGCGCUGGUGCUAAACCUGCUGCAGGUGCAACGUAAUGUCACUCUCUUCCCUCCUGAUGUCAUCAGUAGCAUCUUUUCUUCAGCGUGGUGGGUACCACCUUGCUGUGGAACAGCAUCAGCUCUGAUAGGGCUGCUGUAUCCAUGUAUAGACAGGCGUUUUGGGGAGCCCCAUAAGCUGAAGCGCGAGUGGUCCAGUGUGAUGCGCUGUGUGGCUGUCUUUGUUGGCAUUAAUCACGCCAGCGCUAAAGUGGACUUUGCAAAUAAUGUGCAGCUGUCUCUGACCUUGGCUGCACUCUCAGUGGGGCUGUGGUGGACGUUUGACAGGUCACGCAGCGGCUUCGGCCUGGGAGUCGCCAUUGCAGUUCUCGCAACCCUCGCGACACAGCUACUGGUGUAUAAUGGAGUGUUUCAGUAUACAUCUCCUGACUUUCUAUACGUAAGAUCUUGGCUGCCCUGCAUCUUCUUUGCUGGUGUGAUAACCAUGGGAAAUAUAGGACGACAACUUGCUCUUUAUGAGGGUAAAGUUGUUCAAGAAAAGAUUCAUCAGGACUAAAACGGCAUAUACCCUGGAUGCAAAAAUGAAGUGAACCCACGUGAACUCUUGCAGUUAAAGAGGCGUUGUCGUACAGCAGAUACAGGACAAGCGCUAUCUGUGUUUAUGGAGGAGGACAAUUUGGAGAUUGGUGCAUGCUCACUGGCUGCCAGUACAGCCUCUGUGGAGCUUAACAAAGCUGAAAUUGGGCUUGAUUGACUCAAACAUCUCUGUGAAGUGUUUUCUUUACUUUGAAUAUGCAUCUCUGUUGGAUAAGAUGUGCCAAAGUGACCCAGAUGCAGCUGCUCCUUCUGGAAUAUUAACUUAUAAGCCAUGCUUCAGGUCAAUAUCCCCUUUUUUUUUUUUAAUUCUCUCUCUCUCUCACUCAUUCUUUCAGAGGGUGCUGCCAGAUAGUGUUUUUCUGGGCAUACUGUAAUCAGAAUUAAAUGUAGAGCAUGUAUUGUAUACAGAGGUCCAAACUACGGUAAUAGAAUCCUCAGCUUACACACAUCCAGAACUGUGAAAAAGUCUUAGGGAAAUGGAAAGAAAUGCUGUAAAGCAAAAAUACCUUCUUAACUAUAAUGAAAAUAUUUCAAGAUUAGAUUAAUAUACUAAAGUCAAUAAUUAAAUAAUAAUUGGCUGGCUUUUUUGCAUGAUAUAUCAGAUAUAUUCCAUUCAGCUAGCAUGAUAUUGAAUGGGUGGCACGGUGGUGUAAUGGUUAGCACAGUCGCCUCACAGUAAGAAGGUUCUGGGUUCGAGCCCAGCGGCUGGCGGGGGCCUUUCUGUGUGGAGUUUGCAUGUUGUCUGCAUGGGUUUCCUCCGGGUGCUCUGGUUUCCCCCACAGUCUAAAGACAUGCAGUUAGGUUAAUAUGGGACGGUCUUGGGCUGAGGUGCCCUUGAGCGAGGCACCUAACUCCCAACUGCCCCCUGGGUGCUGUUAGCAUGGCUGCCCACUGCUCUGGGUAUGUAUGUGUGUGUGUGUUCACUGCUUCAGAUGGGUUAAAUGCAGAGAGGAAUUUCACAAGCGUGUGAUUUGAAUAAAGUUGUUGAGUUGAAGACAAGUUCAGUAUCAUGCUAGCUGAAAGGAAUAUAUCUGAUAUACCAUGAAAAAUGCCUUUAUUAUUUAUUAUUAUUAUACAUACACAUUCGAUGGAACAAUGUAAUUGUUUACAAAUUGUCAUAGUCGCUCGCUAGCACAGAAGUUUUACGUGUAAUACAUAUCUUAUGGCAUUUUUAAUUCACUACGACCGUUUACUGCAGGCACCGCCGGCGGAACAAAGAAAUGCUUCUGUGCAUGCACAGUAGAAAACUCACCGAGUAUUCGCAUCAGCUCCGACGUGUGAUGUCAUGUCUUGACAACCAUGCAAUAUCGUGAACCAUAUUCAACACUCAUUCUCCACUGGGUAGAGUGGUGUAAUACAUGUAGGAUAAGCAAUAUGCUAACAAUAUUGCAUGCGAUCAAACCAAAUGAAUGAAACCCACUAGAAGGGAAUAGAAUACAUGUUUUUAUUCCAUGGAAAAAGUGUCCUGGAUGUAUAAUAACUGGUGAUAUUACCCUUUGCUUAAAACCAAUAGUAUUUGUGCAGGUUUAUAAGGAAGUUAGCUGAUCAGUUUUAUAUCUUGGAGAAUCUGACACAGUUCUUCUGGAGACUUUGAUUGUCUCACACACUUCUUCUUCUUCUUGCAUGCAAAACCCUGCAGUCUUUAUUAUGGAUUUUUUUUUUCCAUCUGAAAGUGGUAUUGCUUUUUUGACUGACUUGCAAAUGUUUUUCUGUAAUGCUUACUUUUUCAUUGGAAAAGUCAUGUUUGAAAAUAUAAGAUAUUUUGUAUUUAAUAGGAUGCCUCAGACUUUCACAGUACUGCAUGUUGUAAGAUAAACUAAGGUGCAUUGGUAACUACAAUGGAAUCCAAAGUUAAUGUCAAUACACAGGACCCGUCAAAAGUUUGAACACCCCAUACUCCUUCAUAGGUUUUUCACUGUUUUCGACAUUGUAGAACAAAACUGAAGACAUCAAAACUAUGAAAAACAUGGCAUUAUGUGGUAAACAAAGUGUUUUUAAAAAAAAUCAUAUUUUAGAUUCUUCAAAGUAGCCAGUGUUCACGUUGAUGACGCUUUGCACUACUGGCAUAAUCUUAACCAGUUUCAUGAGGCAGUCACCUAGAAUGCUUUUCAAUUAACAAGAGUGCCUCGUCAAAAGUUAAUUAGUGCAAUUUCUUUCUGCCUUAAUGUGUUUGAGAUCAAACAGUAAAUAAUAACAAUACAGUAAAUAGCCCUAAUCAACAAGUGUAGUAAUCCUUAUUAUGUCAAAAACCGCUCAGCUAAGUAAAGAGAAACAACAUCCAUGAUUACUUUAAGCCAUGAGGCCACACCAGUUUAAUUAGUUGGUUCUCGGAAUUUUUUUUCAGGAAAAAUAUGAAGCGAGCGCGCGAAAUAAAAAUAAAAUUUUAAAAAAUGCUCUGAUGGUAAAAUUAGUGGUGGAAAUAGAGGGCUUUCAUAAUAGAGAAACAAAACAAAGACAAUACAUUAUUGUUACACAUUUCAUAUGGCUCUUUUAAUAGCUUAUCUUAUUUCCACCCAUACCAUAUGCAUUAAGGGCUAGCUCUGGCUGCACGUCUUUUAUCAGGCAAACCAGUAAACAGAUAGGCUAAAUAAAUGAUUGAAUUACAGUCAAUUGAACAUCUACAAUGCACAUAAAAAAAAGAUUUGACCAGGAGUAGGCUACUUCUGAUGGCUAAAUACUUCGAAUGAUUUUUUUUGUUUGCCCCUCACAUCAAUCAAUGAAAUGUACACUACCGUUCAAAAGUUUGGGGUCACCCAGACAAUUUUGUGUUUUCCAUGAAAAGUCACGCACUUAUUUACCACCAUAAGUUGUAAAAUGAAUAGAAAAUAUAGUCAAGACGUUUUUCUGGCCAUUUUGAGCAUUUAAUCGACCCCACAAAUGUGAUGCUCCAGAAACUCAAUCUGCUCAAAGGAAGGUCAGUUUUAUAGCUUCUCUAAAGAGCGAAACUGUUUUCAGCUGUGCUAACAUGAUUGUACAAGGGUUUUCUAAUCAUCCAUUAGCCUUCUGAGGCAAUGAGCAAACACAUUGUACCAUUAGAACACUGGAGUGAGAGUUGCUGGAAAUGGGCCUCUAUACACCUAUGGAGAUAUUGCACCAAAAACCAGACAUUUGCAGCUAGAAUAGGCAUUUACCACAUUAGCAAUGUAUAGAGUGGAUUUCUGAUUAGUUUAAAGUGAUCUUCAUUGAGAAGAACAGUGCUUUUCUUUCAAAAAUAAGGACAUUUCAAAGUGACCCCAAACUUUUGAACGGUAGUGUAUAAAUCAAACCCACCUCCACAGAGUUGUAGUCCAAGUUGGCACAUCGCAGGGUAACAAGCUCACAGCAUCUUGAGUACAACUGUGCAAAGUUUUGCCCCUCUUGAAUUUUGACACACCUGUCAAAGAUUUUACGCUUCUGUUCGCUGAAUAUCCUAACAAUCACAAACAGGCUUUGCAGGAUUCCCCUCCACAGCCAUGUUUCUUCCACAAGUCUUUAUCUAAAGUGAAAGGGGCGAUUUGAUUGGUUUUCGACGUCACGUGACCUCAACCUGCAGUCAAUUUCGAUUUUACUUUUUUUUUUUUGCAUUUUCUUCAAGCGGCGAUUCCGAGAACCAACUAAUCGGAAUUGGUGUGGCCUGAAGUGUCUCCUUAAUUAAUUAAUUUUUAAAAAAUGAAGAAAAACCUUUUGAAUUAGGCAUGUCCAAACUUUGACUGGUACUGUAUCUUAAAAGCUAGCAGUGAUGACCAGACUAGGAAUUAAUUCAUGUGCUGUGUAUGUAAUCUGUGCAACUGCAGUAUGGUUUACUGUGUGUUUACUGAUUACCAUGAUUACUGCUCUGCCACUUCUCUACACUCACUCGCAUGUGCGAGAAAGUAGGAGCAUAAUCAGUGUUCCACCAGGCAUGUAUUAUCCUACACAUUGCUGUCAUUUAAUGAUUAAGCUUUACCUCAGCGUUCCCUUGAUCCUGCAUUGUGUCCUGUUUAAUCUGUGUCUCUCACACACACAGCCUUCAUCCAUCUUCCUGUUUUUCACAUAGUCCUAUAGACCUCAGCAUUGGUAAGGAAAAUAAUAAUGAAUAGUGGUUUUGGACUGUGUUAGUUUUCAGUUAAAAUAUGGAAUUACCCCAGUUUUUGCCUCAGCCUUAAUAUUUUUCUACUCAAGGCUUUUAAAGGGAACAUCGAAUCCUCUGCUGUGAAACAGGUUCACUCUCAUUAUUUACCUUUACAGCUGAACCGAAAGUAAAGUGGUGUUUGGAUUACACUGUAUUUCAGCAGCAUUGUACAAAAUGGAGUUGAACAUUGGAGCAGAAUAAUCGGGAAAAUUCCUUUUGUUGCGAGUGUUUUGUUUUAUUCAGUAUGUAUGGGACACUUCGUCCAAUAGUUGCGAAAUUUCAUCCAAAGCCUUUUUCAUACGCACCAUCAAUUAUUUUGUGUGUGUGACAAGCUCGAGAUAUAAACAAACCAUAGUUCAUUUAAGGGAGUGCAUUAAGCAGGUUUAUGACUGCAUCUCUUGCACUUUAUUUAUAUACCUAAUAACCUAUAUUUACCUCCCACUGUCCGAGAGCGGUAGGAGAUGGAUGCAAGUGCAGAAGUAAUGUUUAUUAACAAUUGUGAAAACACAGGCAAACAAUCCAAAACGGCAGGCGAUCUCAUAAACGUGAAACUAGCAAAAGGUCGGGUGAGGCACAAACCGGCUAAAUCGGGCAAAAACAGAAACUAAGAACAGGAAACAGGAUCGGAAACCCAGGGAAUCUACACGGGAGAAUAAGACGUGGUGUAAUACUUCGCACUGUGUGCAUUUUCUCAGUCUUUAUACAGGCACGCUGAUGCCUCUUGAGCAUAUACAGGUGACUUCAUUUAGCAGCACGUGUGUGAGAGUCUGCUCGGGUGCACUCCGGACUGCGCGCGCGCCGAGCAGACUCUCGCACGCGCGCUGUUAAUGAGGCUCACCUGGACAUGAUCAAGAGGCAUCAGCGUGCCUGUAUAAAGACUGAGAAAAUGCAUGUUUUCUCAUAUCUGGAUAUCAUAUCUCAUAUCUCACACUUGCCAAGGAUAUCUGGCAAGUGUGAGUAUAGAUUAUCUAAUGUAAUUUGGUCUAAUAAAUACGAUCUCUCCCCACAAGCGGUCCCAGCCGAACGCCCCCAAAGUUGACACUCGAUGAUUCCUGUCAAUUCCGGUUUCAUUUUCAUUUUACGAAAACGUUUGUUUUACUUCGGUCAGAUUCCAUUGAGAAUUCAUCCAUCCAUUAUCUCUAGCCACUUAUCCUGUCCUACAGGGUCGCAGGCAAGCUGGAGCCUAUCCCAGCUGACUAUGGGCAAAAGGCGAGGUACACCCUGGACAAGUCGCCAGGUCAUCACAGGGCUGACACAUAGACACAGACAACCAUUCACACCUACGGUCAAUUUAGAGUCACCAGUUAACUUAACCUGCAUGUCUUUGGACUGUGGGGGAAACCGGAGCACCCGGAGGAAACCCACGCGGACACGGGGAGAACAUGCAAACUCUGCACAGAAAGGCCCUCGUCGGCCGCUGGGCUCGAACCCAGAACCUUCUUGCUGUGAGGCGACAGUGCUAACCACUACACCACCGUGCCACCCCCUAUUGAGAAUUCCUCCUUUUUUUUUUUUCGAACAAACAAAUACCUGAAAUAUCAAUUAUUUUAUAGUGCAUAUGAAAAAGGCUUUGGACAAAAUGGUCGUUGGACGAAAUGACCUGUAUCCGUAUGCAUUUGUGAAAGCUAUAUGCUGUCACAUUACCUGUUUUAAGAUGGAGCGUGAGCUGUGCUCAGUAAUUAUAUUGAAGUCAUUAUACUUUUUUAAAUACUAUUUAACUUUUACAGGGAAGACUACAGUUUUUACUAACCAUUAAAUGACUGUUAAUGGUGACUGUUCAGGACUAAGCUUAGUACACAGAGACGUGGACCAACGUGCUAUGAAACGUACAGCAGAGAAAGCUGUAUUGCUCCAGUUUAUGGGAAAACUUUAGCAUUCACUUGUGCCAGAAAAUGAGCAAAUGUGAAACCUGCAUUAAAAAAAAAAGUGUGUAUUGUCAGAUUGUUUGGCAUCCCUUCAAUGUUUCAUUGUAAGACAUUUGACUGUAUAAGAUUUCAUUGUUAAAUAAAAUAUAUUUAAAACUGCA